CCAGAUACCAUCCAAAUGCCCUCCCAGUGUCCCACUACCAUCCUGUCAUCGUCUCGGGUUGGCAACUCUGAUCUUCAGUUAGGGAAAAAAAUAAGCCCAGAAAAAAAUACACGUAGUGCUACCCCCCUGCCGGUUUCACUCUAAGUCUCUAAGGACCUGUAAGGACCGUGGUCCUCUACGGAAUGCACCCCUGGCAUCUCCAGGCAUCUCUGACUUUUAGAGCAGUAUUCAUUAAAAUUCCACUUUGUUGUCGUUAGAAGAAAUCAUAAAUCGUGGAUAAAAACUUUGUGAAAUAAUAAUUUAAAUAAAAAAAGGAAUUAAAAAAAAUGGUUAGUCAAAAAGUAUUUAUUAGAAAACGGUAUUUUCUUAUGAACACUUUACGUUCGAUGGCAACUGGAGCCGGCGCAAAAAGGCCAACACCUGAUGAUUUAAGCCGACAAAAAGAAAUAAUGUCUCGAGGACUUCCUCGUAUAAAACCAAUCAAAAGUGUUAAACAAGUUUUGCUUGUUGCUUCCGGAAAAGGUGGAGUUGGUAAAUCUACAACGAGCGUCAACUUAGCAGUUGCUAUGAAAUUAUCAAAACCAGAUAAAGAAAUUGGUCUGCUAGAUGCUGAUGUUUUCGGACCAACUAUUCCUCUUAUGAUGAAUUUGCAUCAAGAACCUCUAAUAAAUGAUGAAGGUUUGAUGGAACCUUUGGUGAACCAUGGAAUUAAAUGCAUGUCAAUGGGAUUUCUCGUUAAAGAAAAUGAUCCCAUAAUUUGGCGAGGUUUAAUGGUAAUGAGUGCACUCAACAAAAUGAUUCGUCAAGUAUCCUGGGGACCAUUAGAUUAUUUAAUCAUUGAUACACCACCUGGAACAGGAGACACUCUUCUCUCUUUGAUUCAAACUAUACCAAUAAGUGGAGUUGUCAUUGUUACUACUCCUCAAAAAGCUGCUCUUGAUGUUGCUCAUCGAGGAGCUAUGAUGUUUCGUAAAUUAAAUAUUCCAAUUGUUGGUCUCGUUGAGAAUAUGACGAGCAUUUCUUGUCCAAAUUGUCAUGAAAAUGUACCACUUUUUGGCCGUGGUGGUGACACGUUGGCUAAAGAACUAGGUAUCGAUGUCUUAAAUAAAUUUCCACUUGACGAAGAAACAUCAGAAUGUGGUGAUUCAGGAAAACCAAUUGUUCUUGCAAAAGUUAACUCAACACAAACAAAUUUGUACAAAAAUCUGGCAGAUAAUGUUAUCAUGUUUUUAAAUAAACAACCGGUUAAUUUAGAGUAAAAAUUAGCAUGCAUUAAAAAAAAAAAA